AUGCAAAAAAUUUCAAUUUCUAUGUUUGUUCUAGGUUCUGCAAAUUGCCCUAAGAUGUCUUUUAAUGAGCAGCAGUGCAAGCAGCCAUGUGUGCCUCCUCCAUGUCUUCAAAAGACCCAAGAGCAGUGCCAGGCAAAGGCUGAGGAGGUGUGCCUCCCCCCAUGCCAAGAAAAGUGCCCAGCGCAAGCUCAGGAGGUGUGUCUUCCUCAGUGCCAAGAGUUAAACCUAGAAAACUGCCCACAGCAAUGCCAAGAUCCGUGCCCACCUCCAUGCCAAGACCAAUGCCCACCUCAGUGUGUGGAGCCAUGCCAGGAGACACUCCAGCCAAAAUGUGUGGAGGUUUGCCCACAGAAAGUCCAGGAGAAGUGCUUACCCCCUGGCAAGGGAAAGUAG